GGAAAAUCCCUAAAUAAUACGUAUCUAUUAGAGCGUAUAUAUCUUCGAUUCGGCUAAAGUAUUCCUCAAACAUGAAGAUAGUCGACGAAAAAUUCGAGUGGAGAAAAUAUGUAUGGCAGGCAGCGGCAUGCGAGCAAGGCGAGGGGUCGAAGGAUCCGCCGGGUUGAGGAGAGGGCCCCCCUUCUCGUCUCGCGCGCGGCGCGCCAGUUUGCUCGUAGCGGCUGUUUGUAUUAGACGUGCUGUGGAUUUUAUUAGUGAAUCGCGUGUGACUAACCGUGCGGAAUACGUGCUUACUUCUCUUUUGUGUUGGUUUUGUGAAUUUAGUGGAGUGUGUGGUGUUUUGUUUUACUGGUAGUGCUCCUGAUGAUGACCGCGUGUGCUUGACGUGGGGAUGUAUCCAAGCGCGGGCGCAAUGAACGCCGCUGCUGCCGCCGCUGCCGUGGCGGCCGCUAGGCAUCCGGGUCCACCGCAACCGGGACAACCCAUUAAAUUCACAGUGGGCGAAUCGUGUGAUAGGAUUAAAGAGGAAUUCAACUUCCUACAAGCGCAAUAUCAUAACUUAAAAUUAGAAUGUGAAAAACUGGCUAGUGAAAAAAUCGAAAUACAAAGGCAUUAUGUUAUGUACUAUGAAAUGUCAUAUGGACUCAACGUGGAAAUGCACAAGCAGACGGAGAUAGCAAAAAGGUUAAACGCGAUUAUCGCGCAGAUUCUGCCGUUCCUGUCCCAGGAGCACCAGCAGCAGGUGGCGUCCGCGGUGGAGCGUGCGAAACAGGUUACUAUGACGGAACUCAACGCAAUUAUAGGGCAACAAAGGCCAGACCUGCCCAGAUUACUGCAGCAGAUGCACGCAGCGCACUUGCCAGCGCACGGCGCGCCUCCGCUGCCCCUGCUGGGCCAGGGCGCCCUUCCUCCAGCGGGCCUCCUAGGCCUUGGUGUGCCUCAUCAUCCCCUCUCAGUACUAGCAAAACCUCCCGACCUUCACCGGCCAGAUGAUAAAGGAAAUGGUAUCAGCUCAGCAGAGGAAAGACAUAGAAAUUCAAUAUCACCGGGUGAGAGAGAAAAGUACAGAACGAGGAGUCCAGCAGAACCGGACCAUAAAAAACUAAAGAAAGAAGAAAAAGACAUGGGUCACGAAUUAGUAGUGGAUGACGCGAGUGAGGAACCGACAUCACCACACAAUGGUGCGCCUUCACCAAGAGAGAACGGACUCGACAAGCUGCAGCCUAAGAAAGAACACCCACCACACAGUCCAAGGUCGGGUACCUCGAGUAACGCUUCAACACCUUCAGCGAAAAAACUUGACGAAAAACCUAGUACACCAAUCUCGAAGCCGGUCACCCCUACGUCGGGUGCGAGCGGCUCCGGUCCAGCUGGGGCUCCUCUGAAAGCCGCAGUGAAGCCCCCCGCGUUGCAGUACCCGUAUUUGGGCAACGGCGCACAUGACGCUUACGGCCUUGCCGGGUACUCAGCGCGAGCAGCCCUGGCUUACGAACCACUGCGUCCGCCCAUCGGCCCGGCUGCGCUAGCGCCUAUACCUGGAGGAAAACCCGCGUACUCGUUCCACGUGUCGGCCGAGGGGCAGAUGCAGCCGGUGCCGUUCCCUCCGGACGCGCUGAUGGGCCCGGGCAUACCGCGACACGCGCGCCAGGUGUCGGCGCUGGCGCACGGCGAGGUGGUGUGCGCGGUGACCGUGUCGUCGCCCACCAAGUACGUGUACACGGGCGGCAAGGGCUGCGUCAAGGUGUGGGACAUCAGCCAGCCCAGCAAGGCCCCCGUCAGCCAGCUCGACUGCCUGCAACGUGACAAUUAUAUAAGAUCAGUAAAACUCCUACCCGAUGGUCGCACGCUAAUAGUGGGAGGGGAAGCGUCGAACCUAUCGAUAUGGGAUCUCGCGUCACCAACGCCACGGAUCAAAGCUGAACUCACAUCGUCAGCGCCCGCCUGCUAUGCGCUUGCAAUUAGUCCUGACUCUAAGGUGUGCUUCAGUUGUUGCUCAGACGGCAACAUAGCCGUGUGGGACCUCCACAACCAGACGCUGGUGCGGCAGUUCCAGGGCCACACGGACGGCGCCUCCUGCAUCGAUAUAUCCGCCGACGGCACCAAGCUAUGGACCGGCGGGCUUGAUAACACUGUUCGAUCCUGGGACUUGAGAGAAGGCAGACAAUUACAACAACACGAUUUCAGUUCCCAAAUAUUCUCACUGGGCUACUGCCCCACGGGAGAAUGGCUCGCAGUAGGCAUGGAGAACUCCAACGUGGAAGUGUUACAUGCAGUGAAACCGGACAAGUACCAGCUGCAUUUGCACGAAUCCUGCGUCCUAUCGUUACGGUUCGCGUCGUGCGGCAAGUGGUUCGUGUCCACCGGCAAGGACAACCUGCUCAAUGCCUGGCGCACGCCGUACGGGGCCAGCAUAUUCCAGUCAAAAGAAUCAUCAUCGGUUCUCAGUUGUGACAUUUCAUCGGACGACAAGUACAUAGUGACGGGCUCUGGCGACAAGAAGGCCACAGUUUACGAGGUGAUCUACUAGUGCGACACAAACGGAACAAUCUUGUACGAACAAACUGUUUAGAUCAAGUGUAGACCGAGUGAGUGAGAACUCUCUGCGAACAGAGACAGUGGCAAGUGGUGAUAUAGCUUUAGUGUAUGUAUAGAUUAUAUUGGGAACCUGUAUGUACUUAUGCGACUUGUUUAUAUAGAUUUAGUGUGCGCGUUUUAUGUUUAUUUGUUGAGCGCCCGUAGUGUAUGUUGGCAGCAGAUCUCAAACUGACGAUUUCGUUUCAAUAUUGUUGUAAAAUGCUCGUAUUAAAGAAAAGAUAUGCGCAAAUCAUACCAACUUUGUUUUUGUUUCAUUUGUUUUUAUUCCUUCAUUUGUGACGGUCGUUGGCAAAGAUAUUAAUUUAGCUACUGCACGGAUGGCUAUGUAUUAGGAUGAUAUUAUACUAUAUUAGUAUAUUAUUAUAAGUUAUAGUUGCAAGUGGUAAAAGUUUUGUCUGAUAUGAUCAUGAGCAACGAUAUUGAAAACCAGCGGUAUUAAAUAUUGUUGAUCCCGAGGCUUAAUCUAACGGGUGAAAGACAAUUAUAUGUUAAGAGUGAGUAUAUAAAUUAAGAUCAGAAUACUCGUUUUUGCAUUUAAUAGCGUUGACGAAAGGUUUUCACACAUAAUUAUUGAAUGGCGAUGGAUGAAUAAAGCGUGCCCACAACGCGGCUAACUCGAUGUUAGCGCCCGGCGCCUUUCCUUUCUACGCUAAAUUUUGUGUGUAGUAGAUAGGAUUUAUUUUAUUUUAAAAGUGUGGCAAACAAGCGUAUCGCCCGCCUAAUGGUAAGACCACACCAGAAGCUCUAUUUUUGAAUCACUCGUCUGACAUAGUAUCGUCGAAUGCGACAUAAGUCAUCUUCAACUUUCAAGUCGCAUGAUACUGAUUUUCCAUAUUUUUGAAUCGUUCGUCACCGAUGUUACCAGUUUAAUACGAAAUAUAAAAUUUUAUUCAUUUCACGCAGACUAAAUAAAAACCGUUAGUUACCGCAGUGAAAACGGAACGAAAAAUUCUUAGUACAUGGCUGUAUAAUACAAUUGUAUUUUGUUGUUUAUAUUACCGGCACUUCACUUAUCUGUUCGUGAUUGCUGUUUGUAAACUUGACAUGCAUUAGCCGUCAUGCCAUAAUAAAAAAAGAAGAAACUUGACGUCAAUCUGCCCUUGUCAUUUCAUAUAAAGCAUGACAAGGAUAGAUUAUCCUCGUCUAAUAGCAAAAUAAAUAGCAAAGUAAAGUGCCGGCAUUUGAAAAUUUAUAAUUAUAAACGCUUGCGAUAUAAAAAAUGUCACUCGAGCCGUUGCCUACCCUGGCCCAAUUCCCUACCUCGUGGAGCUAUGGGACCUUAGUCACCGACAGAAACACAACACUACUAAAAUUCGAGCGGCAAAUCCGCUAUGCCUUACAUCUCUUAAGGUAUCCCUUUCCCAUAAAAUCUACAGGUUUAAGUGACUUUAAUUACUCCAUGCAAAAAGCAGGUCUUACUACGAGUAUGUUCAAGUCAUGGUAUCGAAUAAGUGGAGCGCGCUCUUACUCACACAACCGCUUACAAAAUACAAGAGUGAUGAACUGCCCCACGCGAGAAGUAAUUAGUCGGAGUAACUCUUACAACAUAGGUACUCAAGUCAGGUAACCACAACAUUUCCAACGCGUACAAAGAAAGUACAAUGGGCAAAACGCACCCAGCUCCGCCAACAAUGUAAUUAGUAUGAAUUGAUAGAUCUUUGAAAAACUAACCUUUUUUAUUAUGACACCGUAAAAAAAUAUCCCGUGCGUGCAAAACCUAAGAAACAAAUAUAAUAUCCUGGUCAAAAGAUAUGACACAUGGGAAUAUUUAAGUAACUAAAUAAAUAAAUUUUAUAGUAGCUUCAUUUUAUAUUAUUAGUAACCAUAAUAAUAUGCCAUAUCGUACUAUACAAACAGAUAAAGCGCACUUGCACUUACUGAGCCACCACAAAACGGUUUACGGGGGUUGAAGGACUUGCAGUUGCAAAUAGUCGACUUGUCUUACUUCGUUGUGAUUGAAGCGCCCCUGUCACGUGAUUAAUUUUUAUCUAACACGCUUUGGACAUUGGAACACGAUUAUCGGUUUUGUGAAUUAGUAUGGAUAAACUGGAAUCGUGUUUUCUCUGAAGCGUGGACAAGUUUGUGCAAUUUGUGGUCGAUCCAUUUCACAUAGAAGACAAUUUACUAUAACGAACAGACUGUUUGAAAAAAAACCCCAACCCAUGAGGGGACUUUUGGCUUUACUUUAGCGUGGCAGUAUAACACAAGGGGGCACCCUUGCACCUUGUGAAGUACUCCCAUAAUACCUGAGCCGUCUAUGUACAGUCGAACUAACUAAAUUAAUUCCCUUGUUUCAUUAAUGUUCGUUUGUUAUAGUACUUCUGCUUAUUUAA